AUGAUUACUAACACGAAUGGGAUUGCUGAAUCUAUUUAUCACUAUAUUUGGUUAAAGGAUGAUUCUUUAAUCAAAGAGUCGUUCCAGUUGAGAUUGCCAGAUACAAUUAUAUUUAAGAAUGGAAUGCCAUAAGUGUGGUAUUUUACAAAUUAAUAAGGAGAAAUCCUCAUGAAGAAGAAUGAUUGUCGUAAACCUGAAAAUAUCAUCAACUAUUUUUGUAAUAAUAGCAAAUAAAAUGGAUAAGUUAUUGCAUAUUAUAUUUACAAUAGCAAAUACAAUGUUAAGGAUCCAAUCAAUGAUCCUCAUGAGAUUUAAAAAUCUAAACAAUUUGAUGUAAAUGAGAAAAUCUGCAUUUAUUAUUUGA